AACCAACAACCAACCAACAAAAAAAAACCAAACAACCCUAUAGCGAUCCUAAAAGGCAAAACCCGAGCGCGGAGUUACUGGAAGAAGAAACCGGGGUUAAAAAGAUUCCUCCUCUCUUCUUCAUCAUCAUCAACCAUCAUUCAUUCACUACCUUGACAUUCCCUGGCUUUGAUUGACAGCUGGAGUGGCAAAAAGCCAUGAGACACGACAGUUUGGUUACAUGUGGGUUGCUGACGGGCCGAUCGUAACCUUCAGUUUGGGGGCUUGACAAUUUUUUUUUUUAAUUUUUUUUUUUUUUGGCGUAGAGAAAGAAAAAAGGAAAAAGAGAGAGAGAAAAGGAAAGAGAGAAACAGAGAGAGGAGGAAAAAAAAAAAAAGAAAAGAAGAAAACACAGAAACUCAUCGUGGUUCUUGACUGUUUUUUGCUAUAUUAUUGUUGUUGUUAUUGUUGUUGUUGUUAUUAUUAUUUGCCCAUAUUGGAGGACAGGAGAAGUCUAUAAGUGGGUUGCAGAAAAAAAAAAAAGGAAAAAAAAAAAAAAAAGGAAUCUUCUUCACUCUAAAUCACUUUCUUUGCUGGACUGGGAUAUUAAAUAUACGACACAUCCAGGAGUUUAUUGGAGCGCAGACUGAUGGCGCAAAGGUACGAUGAGCUGCCCCACUACGGCGGGAUGGACGGAGUAGGGGUGCCGGCGUCCAUGUACGGGGACCCCCACGCGCCCCGGCCGAUCCCCCCGGUACACCACCUCAACCAUGGGCCGCCGCUCCACGCCGGGCAGCACUACGGCGCCCACGCCCCGCACCCCAAUGUCAUGCCGGCCACCAUGGGCUCCGCUGUCAACGACGCCCUGAAGCGGGACAAGGAUGCGAUCUACGGGCACCCGUUGUUCCCCCUCUUAGCUCUGGUCUUUGAGAAGUGCGAGCUGGCGACCUGCACGCCCCGGGAGCCCGGCGUGGCCGGCGGGGACGUCUGCUCCUCCGACUCCUUCAACGAGGACAUCGCCGUCUUCGCCAAACAGGUCCGCGCUGAAAAACCACUUUUUUCUUCAAAUCCAGAGUUGGACAAUUUGAUGAUCCAAGCAAUACAAGUACUAAGGUUUCACCUUUUGGAAUUAGAAAAGGUUCAUGAAUUGUGUGAUAACUUCUGCCAUCGGUACAUUAGUUGUUUGAAAGGAAAAAUGCCAAUAGACCUCGUUAUUGAUGAAAGGGAUGGCAGCUCCAAAUCAGACCACGAAGAACUCUCAGGAUCUUCCACAAAUUUAGCCGAUCACAAUCCUUCGUCUUGGAGAGACCACGAUGAUGCAACCUCAACGCACUCGGCAGGCACACCGGGGCCCUCCAGUGGGGGCCACGCUUCCCAGAGCGGAGACAACAGCAGCGAGCAAGGAGAUGGUUUAGACAACAGCGUAGCCUCACCUGGUACAGGGGAUGACGACGACCCAGACAAGGACAAAAAGCGUCAGAAGAAAAGAGGCAUUUUCCCCAAAGUAGCAACAAAUAUCAUGAGAGCGUGGCUUUUCCAGCAUCUCACACAUCCGUAUCCUUCAGAGGAGCAGAAGAAACAGUUAGCCCAAGACACAGGACUCACAAUUCUACAAGUAAACAACUGGUUUAUUAAUGCCAGAAGAAGAAUAGUACAGCCUAUGAUUGACCAGUCAAAUCGAGCAGGUUUUCUUCUUGAUCCUUCAGUGAGCCAAGGAGCAGCAUAUAGUCCAGAGGGUCAGCCGAUGGGAAGCUUUGUAUUGGAUGGUCAGCAGCACAUGGGAAUCCGGCCUGCAGGUUUGCAAGGCAUGCCAGGGGACUACGUAUCUCAGGGUGGUCCUAUGGGUAUGAGUAUGGCACAGUCAAGUUACACUCCUCCCCAGAUGACCCCACACCCUACUCAAUUAAGACCUGGACCCCCAAUCCCUUCAUAUUUGCCAAGUCACCCCCAUCACCCAGCCAUGAUGAUGAUGCACGGAGGACCCCCUAUCCACCCUGGAAUGACCAUGUCAGCACAGAACCCCACAAUGUUAAAUUCUGUAGACCCCAGUGUUGAUGGACAGGUUAUGGACAUUCAUGCCCAAUAGUAUAAGGGAACUCAAGGGAAAAU